AUGUCUUCGGCAAAUGCAUUGACAGUGAUGGAUGCCAUCAAGCACGAUCACGCCGAAUUAAAGGAGUAUUACGAAAACAUACUCGGUGCUAAUGAUGUCGACUCAAAGAUUCGCUGGCAAAAUCAAUUCACCUGGGAAUUGGCUCGUCACUCUAUCGGAGAAGAACUUGUCGUUUAUCCAGCUAUGGAGAAGCACCUGGGCAACACAGGCAAGCAGAUGGCGGAUAGAGAUCGAACAGAGCACAACAAGCGUCGUUGGAAAACACAGGUUAAGCAGCUCCUACACAAAUUCCAAGGGCUAUCUCCCUCCGAUUCUGCCUUCAGACCAACUCUUGAGUCACUGUGGUCUGAGCUGAGCAAGCAUAUCGAUGAAGAGGAAACCCAAGAUCUUCCCGCACUUGAGAAGGCCUUACCAGAGGGCGACUCCCAGGCUCUGUCGAAAAGCUUCGGGCGUACCAAAAUGUUCGUCCCCACGCGUAGUCACCCUGCCGCACCGGACAAACCCCCUUUCGAGACUGUUGCGGGACUCAUGGCAGCGCCAAUCGAUAAACUGAGCGACCUCUUCCGACGCUUCCCGCUAGGUUGA